AUGACCAUAUCAAAGAAAACUGUUGCUUCGAUAUCCAGCCACACAUGUUCGGUCAGUAAACCUCCGCGCUCAGCAUUAUCAUUAGACUCACAAUCUGAACAUGGUGCAUCUCAAAAGAGUGCAUUCAGAUACGAUACUCACGAAACCAAAAGCAUCUCGACUGCAUUGCCUAUUCAAUCCAAUCUGCAUCGAUUGUCAAGUACUCCGUUACACUUCUUGGCUGCCUACACUCCCGAGUCGACUGUUGCCGUUGUGGAAAGUAGUGCAUCACUCAAACAUGAAGAUUAUGGAGCUCUGUCUGAUGACGAGAGUGUCAUAUCAUGCAUUGAAAAUAUGGCUGACCAUCUAACGUCUGCAAAGCUUAUUUCACAUAGAUGUCCUUUAUUACGACCCAGAUCUGGACAUACCAAAACCUUGGAAAAAUCAUUGACUGGCACGGAUAAAGUAUGCUCUUCUCAACAGCUGCUUACUCAAUCCAUAGAUUCUUUCAGCACUGAUUUUAAAUUGCUCAAUCGAAACAAAUUACGGCCCAAAUCUGCACCUGCUGCGCAGCUACAACACCAGCAGAGUUUUGAUAUCACAUAUUGUCCUUCCGUGUCAGAUGAUAAGAGUGCUUGCAUUAAGCUACCAUCGUUUACCGACUCAAUUGUGUGCAUAGAAGAUCAGCCCACUAUAAAAGUUCCAUAUGCAGUAUUGUCUGAUACCUGUCAGGAUUCUCAUUCGAAAGAAAAAUAUACCCAAUAUCCACAGUCCUCUUUUCCCACCACUUAUCAAAGCUAUAUAGGUACAGGCCGAUCCAUUUCGAGUGCUACGCGAUCAGCAUCUAGUCGCGACCCAUCCAAAAUGUUUAAAGUGGAGUUUGCUGAUACUACCAGGCUGCCACUUCAGGACUCGGGUCCAAAAAAAAAGUCGCACGAGUUUUUAGAUAACCAACAUCAUAAAGUAAAAUCCAUUAUUGCACAGUACAGAAGAGGUCAGGUUUCUGCCAAAGAAUGCUUUAUUUCGAGUCAUAAAAAUGGCCACAAUCAACACUCUAAAGAACAUUUUAAAUGUAAUGUGAAACAUGUUCCAUGGAUGCGAUCCGUUUUGACUUCUAUGGAUAUGUUUAGCAAAAAACCAAUACCCUUUCCAGAUCAAACUUCAGCAAAUUUCAACGACAGUACAGCAACAAACCUCGAUCGUCCCACGAGUAGCUUGUUUCAAGAUUGCGAAUUUGACUAUGCUGAAAACACACACAUGAAUGGAUAUGGAUACCCUUAUUUGGAUCUAGAUAGAAUUGAUAAUAAUACACUUUUCCAAACCAGCAAGGUUCAAGCAUCCACUGCACUUGAUGAAAAUUUACAGCAAAGCUCAGUUGUAUACUUGAAUCAACAAUUUGAUUGCCACAAACCAGCAGUAACUUCAAAAAAAUAUGCAAGUCAUGGAUCGGUAACUGAUUUAAUUUGGACACAUAAACUAGUAGACACAGGGGAUAAUUUAACUUUGGAUACGUCUGAUUCUAUAUACUACGAUCCCAUGGGUAUUUCAAUAGCUGUUUUAAGCGAAACAGAAAGUACAGUUUCACCGCCAGACGUGCGAUCUCAAUCACGUCUCAGUAUUGGUCGACAAUCAAUAGUAUCUGAAAAAAACGACAUGACGGCAUUUUCAAGAAAUGAUUUUCAACCCUCACCUGCACCUUGGAGCGAAUACGAUAUCAACGAUGACGGCAUGCGAGCUCGCCCAAGAUCUGGCAAGCGACAUAAUAAACUUUUUUUUAAAAAUCAGCAAGCAGAAAAUCAUGAGAGAGUUCAUUGGCAGUCAUAUAGAAAGACUCGGUCGGCCGGAUCCAAUAGAUAUGGCAUUCAAGUUGCAUUGCGUCAGCAGAAGCUAGAAAAGGCUUUGAGUGCUAAAAAUGGACCAAUCUCGACAUCAGCGGUUCGACCAAAAUCAUCUCCUGCAAAAUUAAUUAAACCUUUAGCUUUCCAUUCAUCAGAUCAAAAAGGAAAAAAGAAUAUAGAUUCAACUCAUGAUAAUUCAACCUACAAAGAUUCAUCUGCCAGUUUACCUUUUGAAAAACAGAAAAAUGUAUCUCAGCUGUCCUCCGCAUUACCAUGGGCACAGGUAAAACAAGUAAAAUCAGCAUACCAAAUACAAAAAUAUGAUGCAAAAAAGUCUUCAACACAAUCUGAUUCUUUGCUGUCCAUUGAGAUUAUUCGCCCGGCACAAAAACAACUACAAUUCGGUAUGAGAUCACCAAUUAGCAUGUCAUGUUGGGAUAUGGAUAAACGGUCCAAUAUUCAAUCUUGUUUACGUCCUGUGUCACCUAUAAAGCCUGCAAUGAAUACAAGCGCGAGAAAUAUUCACGUAAAUGGAAUACUGACUGAUUUAUUCAAUGAGUGUGGUUGA